UUUCCAAGAUCAAUACCCCCGACAAUAAAAACAUUGCACCCAACCUAAAGCAAAAUACUCUUAGACAUAUCCACUAACAAUAUGAGCAGCAUCAAGAGCGUUGCCGUCGCAGGGGCCAGCGGCGUAUUCGGCGUACCCGUAGUACACCAACUCCUUGACGAUGGCUUCAAGGUGACCAUACUCACCCGCAAGGGUGCCACCCACAACUUCCCAUCCUCAGUCACUGUCGCAGAAGUAGACUACAACUCCCCGGAAACUCUCGUCAAGGCCCUCGAGGGACAGGAUGCCGUAGUAUCCACAGUAGGCUUCGCAGGCCUAACCUACCAAAUUCCCCUUAUCGAGGCCGCUAUUAAGGCCGGCGUCAAACGGUUCCUACCUUCAGAAUUUAGCUUGACACCAAGCAGCGAAAAGGGUACUCAAUUGCCCCCCUUCCAACCGAAGAGAGCCGCCUCAGAAGCUCUUAAGAAAGCGGCUGGGGGUGGAAAGAUCACUUAUUCUCUUAUCGCUACUGGACCUUUCCUAGAUUUGGCUCUUGGGUCUGGACUUCUUAUUGAUUUGAAGAAAAAGGAUAUUACCUUGUGGAAUGGAGGCGAUGUUCGCUUUAGCGCGACGACUAUUGCGUCGUCGGUGAAGGCCGUUUCGCAGGUCCUCAAGCAUCCCGAGGAAACGAAGAACCGAGAGAUCUUCGUCAAUAGUGUGGCGGUUACCCAGAACGAACUUCUCGAGAAGGGCAAGAAGGCGGUUGGAGCAGAUGGAUGGACCACGCGGAUCGGGUCUACGGAUGAACUCCACAAGAAAGCCCUCGAGGCAUUUAGAAGGGGCGAGGAUCCUAGAUUUGAGUUCAUCACGGUAUCUAUUUGGGGUGAUGGAUAUGGCAACUACGUUAAGGGCACGGAUAAUGAGUUGUUGGGGAUUCAUGAGUUGACUGAUGCGGAGCUUCAAGACUUUUUUAAUAAGAUUGCUAAGUAGAUGCCUUAAGCGUGCAGCUUAGAAGUCUUGAACUAAAUCAUUACCGGUAAUUUGAUGUUGGGUGAAGUUCUUGUAAAGACGUCGAACAUAUUGACAAUGGCCUGAUAGUGAUACACAA